CGCAUUGCGCUCUCGACAAGGGAGGGCACAACUUUAAGGAGUGCGAUUUCUUUGGCAUUGUUGCUUGCAAUUGUUAGCACUGGAAGAUAUCGACAUACUAGUAGGAAUAUGAUGAUAUAAUGGAAAGAAUUUUUUAAAUGAAAAAAAAAACGGAAGGGAAAAUUUAAAAAUCUGUGUUUAAAAUCUGUUUAUAAUCUGUGUUUAUAUUCUGAUAUUGUGAUGAUCAUAUUUUGAUGUUAGUUUCACUAUGUGAUGUUGCAGUAUUGAUAUUGAAAUGUAAAGGUAAGCUAGCGAUACACUCAAAACGGCGACAUUGAAAGCUUCUAUUUAAUACACAGAGGUGUAGCGUUUAUUUCGAUUUAAUAGACAACUAGAAUUUCAGUUUGAACAGUCGGCCUGUUUCUCAAACGAAGCAAUUUCUAAAAAAAAUUGUAGUCAAAGUGUAACUUAUUUCCAAAACUCAUGCAGAGUAACGUCGACCUUAAUUCGACAAAAUUAACACUGGAGUCUAACUCCAACCAAGAUUUUCAAUACAAUCUGGAAACGUUGUCUCCGGAGGGGCCGAAAGCACCUCUGCUAAGUAGACGCCAUCGAGUGUCAUGUGGGAAUUUGACUAUUACCUCAUCAUCGGCAGAAACCACCGGCAGUAAAAUAAUCCGAAGUUGCAGUUCCAGUUUCUCUCAUUCCAGUGAGUUUCAGAAACCUGUUGGCAGGUACUAUCACUUGCAUCAGCAGCAGACACAGCAGGUCCAACCGGUCAACCAGUUGGAAGCAUCAGUGCUGGCCAGCGCUGUCAGGGUGGCCGCAACUAUCGGUCUUUCUGUCAGUCAUUCAGGAAGUGGUGAGCCUCCCGGAUGUGACGUAAGCCCUACAAUGAGCACUGCCAACGUUGGAGAUUUACCCUACAUUCUCAAAUCAGUAAGCCCAGAACGUCUAGAUGUUAGGCCUGGAGCCCCGUCUGAACCAAAUGAAUACAAUUUCAACUUCAAAAAGAGAGGCAUCUUCGUCAUCAUUAAUAACAGACACUUUGAUGAGGACCUCGGACAACCGGCCAGGGAGGGAAGUGAUGUCGAUGCAGAAAGACUGGAGGAAAGAUUUCAAGACUUGGGUUUUGAGGUGCGGAGAUAUGACGAUGCUACAGCCACCAAAAUGAUCACUUUACUACAAGAAGUUGCAUCUUUGGAUCACUCUGAUUCUGAUUGUUUUGGUUGCGCCAUUUUGUCGUAUGGUAAGGAAGGCGUGGUCUAUGCAAGAGAUGGUGAUGUAUCGUUAGAUCUGUUAGUGCAACCGUUCAAGGCAGACAAAUGUCCAACGUUAAUCGGAAAACCAAAGCUGUUUUUCAUACAGGCUUGUGAAAUAAGGCGGCAAAAUCUCUAUUUAGAUAAGCCUCCAAGGAAUAAGACAAGAUCUUCGUCACCAUCUUCGCCAGCAUCUAGCAGACGACGAUCUUCUGCAUCCCCUAAUUUGACCGGCGAUGAAAACAAUUCUGAUGUGUCGCCUGCUGUGCACGUGAGGAAAAUCCCAAUCGAGGCUGACUGUUUGUUUUGUUAUUCUACCGUGCCAGGCUACUAUUCUUGGCACAACAAUCAAGAUGGCUCGUGGUUCAUACAGGCGUUGUGUAUCGUGCUGGAGAAUUAUGGUACAAAAAUGGAGUUUAUGCACAUGUUAACUCAUGUCAACAGAAUAGUGGCCUAUGAGUUUGCCUCUUGUACAGAUAAAGAGCUGACAGAUGCAGUCAAACAGAUGCCUUGUAUUGUCUCCGUGUUAACCAGAUAUAUUUACUUUAGACCGAAAAAGCAAGACAUUCGUUAAGUGUCCACGACGGAAGUCUGUUAAGUGUGUUUUUGUUUCGUUUCAUUUAACUAACACUAUUUUCUUUUUUAAACAAGAACAAUAGGCCUAUCCCAUAAGUCAUAAGUCUAUGGCCAUAGACAUAAAUAAAUAUAGACUGGCCGAAGGAAGUAACUUAUGUAACUUGAAAACAUGUAUCUAUAUCUAUUGUAUUCGGAUUUCCGAAUUAUGAAAAAUUGCAUGAUCUUCUUUCUUAGAGAUUAAACAAAACUACACUGCCUUCUUAUUUACAAUAUAUAUAUAUAUAUAUAGUUGUGUGGAUGAACUAGAUAUGAAUACUUAACUUUUAUACUGCUCAUAAAUGCUGUAUAAUAAAGUACACAAAAUUGCAAGUCACACAUUUUGGUUUCAUAAAACUCUUUAAUCGGCCAGUCUAUAUUUAUUUAUGUCUAUGUCUAUCUAUGGCCUAUGCCAUUCAGAUAUUGUUAGUGUGUGUGAAUAUGCAAAUCGACCAUCAACAUUGCCUUACCCAUUAACGGCACGUGCAUAAUGUGAGGUCAAAUGUGUUUUGUUUUUAAUUUUUGUUGAUUGUCUAAAACAAAUUGUUAGGUUGAAUGACGUUUAUUUGUUUCAAUAAAAGAAAAGUAUAGGCCUACAUUUACUUUACACAAUCGUUUUAUGCUCACAAUGAACCUUAUUCAGCAAUCUUAAACAAACAACAUUUAGCCACGUGAUAAUAUUGAUAAGACAAUGGAAAAAAAACGUAUCACGUGAUAGCCUUUAUGGAUUGCGUAAUUUGUUUAGAAGAUAUAGAGAACCACGUGGCAAAAUCUUUGUUUACGAUUGGUGAACGAGGUCCAUUAAGUAAGUCAUAUAAAUAUUGUCUAUGCAUUAUAAUUACAAACGGAUAUGCAUAAGUAACCUGCUUGGAUGCACGAACUAUUUAAACUAAUUUUUAACGGAUCAUCUGUAGAGAAAAUCCUGCUAUUGGUUUUGUGUUGUCUGUUUCUCCGUCUGUCACGUUUAGAUCUCAAAAUCUAAAAAAAACGCUACAUGUAGAGAGAAUUCGAGCUUGUAUGGUGCUCGAACUAAGUGGCAAGACAUUUUUUUAAGUCUUCUGAAAGAGCACUCGUUUGUUUUUAUUUAAAUAGGAAAAACUUUAUAAAGGCCAUAAAAAUAGACAUUUUUAUAAGAUUUAAAAGUCCUAUAGGUUGAACUGUUUGUUUGUUUUACAUGUUUCGGAUGUUCCUUCAGAGUUGACGAUAGUUUACGUCCUAGUUCAAACCUCCCACAGGUCGACCAAGGAUGGGAGUGGGAAGUGUUUUUUACCCGCGACCAUCGAUGAAUCCAAACGACAGUCCAGCGCGCAAACCGCACGACCAGGCAGCCAUCAUUAUAUAGAGAUACUGGUAGACCUACUACUGAAUGUAGAUAGUUAAAGAUGAAGCAGACCGCACGGCCAGGCAGCCAUCAUUAUAUAGAGAUACUGGUAGACCUACUACUGAAUGUAGAUCGUUAAAGAUGAAGCAGACCGCACGACCAGGCAGUCAUCAUUAUAUAGAGAUACUGGUAGACCUACUACUGAAUGUAGAUAGUUAAAAAUGAAGCAGACCGCACGGCCAGGCAGUCAUCAUUAUAUAGAGAUACUGGUAGACCUACUACUGAAUGUAGAUAAUUAAAGAUGAAGCAAACCGCACGGCCAGGCCAUCAUUAUAUAGAGAUACUGGUAGACCUACUACUGAAUGUAGAUAAUUAAAAAUGAAGCAGACCGCACGGCCAGGCAGCCAUCAUUAUAUAGAGAUACUAAUAGACCUACUACUGAAUGUAGAUAUUUUAAGAUGAAGCAAACCGCACGGCCAGGCCAUCAUUAUAUAGAGAUACUGGUAGACCUACUACUGAAUGUAGAUAAUUAAAAAUGAAGUUAACCGCACGGCCAGGCAGCCAUCAUUAUAUAGAGAUACUGGUAGACCUACUACUGAAUGUAGAUAAUUAAAUAUGAAGCAAACCGCACGGCCAGGCAGUCAUCAUUAUAUAGAGAUACUGGUAGUCCUACUACUGAAUGUAGAUAAUUAAAGAUGAAGCAGACCGCACGGCCAGGCAGUCAUCAUUAUAUAGAGAUACUGGUAGACCUACUACUGAAUGUAGAUAAUUAAAGAUGAAGCAAACCGCACGGCCAGGCCAUCAUUAUAUAGAGAUACUGGUAGACCUACUACUGAAUGUAGAUAAUUAAAAAUGAAGCAGACCGCACGGCCAGGCAGCCAUCAUUAUAUAGAGAUACUAAUAGACCUACUACUGAAUGUAGAUAUUUUAAGAUGAAGCAAACCGCACGGCCAGGCCAUCAUUAUAUAGAGAUACUGGUAGACCUACUACUGAAUGUAGAUAAUUAAAAAUGAAGUUAACCGCACGGCCAGGCAGCCAUCAUUAUAUAGAGAUACUGGUAGACCUACUACUGAAUGUAGAUAAUUAAAGAUGAAGCAAACCGCACGGCCAGGCAGUCAUCAUUAUAUAGAGAUACUGGUAGUCCUACUACUGAAUGUAGAUAAUUAAAGAUGAAGCAGACCGCACGGCCAGGCAGUCAUCAUUAUAUAGAGAUACUGGUAGACCUACUACUGAAUGUAGAUAAUUAAAGAUGAAGCAGACCGCACGGCCAGGCAGUCAUCAUUAUAUAGAGAUACUGGUAGACCUACUACUGAAUGUAGAUAAUUAAAGAUGAAGCAGACCGCACGGCCAGGCAGUCAUCAUUAUAUAGAGAUACUGGUAGACCUACUACUGAAUGUAGAUAAUUAAAGAUGAAGCAGACCGCACGGCCAGGCAGUCAUCAUUAUAUAGAGAUACUGGUAGACCUACUACUGAAUGUAGAUAAUUAAAGAUGAAGCAGACCGCACGGCCAGGCAGUCAUCAUUAUAUAGAGAUACUGGUAGACCUACUACUGAAUGUAGAUAAUUAAAGAUGAAGCAGACCGCACGGCCAGGCAGUCAUCAUUAUAUAGAGAUACUGGUAGACCUACUACUGAAUGUAGAUAAUUAAAGAUGAAGCAGACCGCACGGCCAGGCAGUCAUCAUUAUAUAGAGAUACUGGUAGACCUACUACUGAAUGUAGAUAGUUAAAAAUGAAGCAGACCGCACGGCCAGGCAGCCAUCAUUAUAUAGAGAUACUGAUAGACCUACUACUGAAUGUAGAUAAUUAAAGAUGAAGCAGACCGCACGGCCAGGCAGUCAUCAUUAUAUAGAGAUACUGGUAGACCUACUACUGAAUGUAGAUAAUUAAAGAUGAAGUUCAGAGUUAGGAGCCGUGCUGGCUUAGUGGUAAAGCGCUUGGCUUCCAAGCUAGAAGAAGAGUGACUUAGAAAGUCACAUAAAAUAAAAGACAAAUUUAGAGAGAGAUUGCAAAAUUCAAAGACUAAGCACAGCUAAACUGGAACAGAGAGAGAAGGGGAGGGGGCAAAAGUGAGAGAAAGUGGGAAAGACUCGAGUUGAAUUGAACCAUACCCACUUUUGACACCAAACAUGACUGAUCACAUUGGAUUCUUACAAUUCCUUGUUCACACGAGUAGCAUCUACGAGGUUUUAGUGAAUCUAAUUUAUUAUUAUUUUUUUUGUGUAACGUGUUUAUACUUAAUAAACUAACAUUAAAUACACCCCA